ACGGCCAUGGGGCUACUGGAGCUCAGGCGGAUCAUGUCCCUGCAAUGCCGCCGCCGCCAACCCCAACCCCCCCGUGGUAAGAGCAUACCCAUCUCUUCUCCUCUCUUCUCUUCUCUUCUUACCACUACUGCAUCUGCAUGUACUGCUCAUACGUCACAAACUCGCGAUCCAUAUCGUCGUCUCGUCCAUGACCACACACGGAUGGUGUGUUCUCAAAAGGAUCAGUCGAUGCUUCUCCACAUCCACGAUCAAACAGAGAGCCGGACUCGCGCUGCCGGCAACACCGUGUUCCAGGUGGUGGUGGAUCACAGGCUGACGCAGGUGACCAGGCAAACACAGAGGCGGACUCGCGCUGUCGGCAACCAGACGAUGCUUCGCACAUUCAGGCCGGUCAAACAGAGGGGCCAAUUCUUCCAGAGGAAAUCUGGCGUCAUAUACACACUCCUUAAUACCACUGAGAGACGCCGCACUUGGAGAAGCAUUGCAAGUGAAAAACUUAUACAUGAACUCUACCGAAUUUGGCUGUUACACUCAAGCUGAGCUGGCGUCCAACAUGCAAAGC